UAUAAAUAACUUGAAUUAUGAACCGUGACACUAGGUAUAAAUUGCAUGGACAAUUACCAUGUGGAUAGGUCUGUGCUGACAAAUACUCGAUUGAAAACAGUGAAUUAACGUAUACUAGGAGAAAUAAACAGUGCGUAACCAGCUAAUACUCGUCAUCAGAAAUUGUUCAAAUAGCAAUUCAUAUGCAAAUAAUGAAGGCAUUGGUGUUAUUUGUGCUUGUGUGUGUCGGACACUGCUCAGCUAAACAUGUGGCUGAGAACGAUAAGCGCGCAGAAAGCGAGGAGUUCAAUACCAAUAAAAUACAACUGGGGAGCGAAGAGGUGUUGAUAGUCACAGCUGCGGAUGGAGAAAAUCUGGCAACCAUUGAUGUCUUUGAGGAGGGAUAUGAAAUCACGCUAACUCCAGAUGGCUCCAAAUGUCUCCUAAGCCAGGUUCGGGACAACAGUUCGUGUUUCGAUGAGGUUCCAUUCGAUGAGGAUACGCUUGAGGACAAUGAGGCGAUGUCUGCGCGUAUUGCUGACCUUUGCAAGGACAGAGAGAUCGUGACCUUGAAGCCAGUGGAUUGCGACGCCAAUGAUGGUCUCAAUGGAGACAAACGCUUUGGAAAAAGAGGUUGGUGCACGUAUUACUCCUAUCACCAGGUUUGCCGGUAUGAUUGGUGGUACAACUCUUGCAGCGUGCAAUCUUGCUACGUUAGUUACUACUGUUAAUCCACAACCUCGGACAACUGAUACCAGGAUACAAAUAUAAUCCAUUUAUUUGCUUAAUAACACAAUUUCUGAACGAUUUAAAAUAGUUUUAAUUCUAUAUUUAUGCCUGUAGUGCGUAUAAUUUAUAAUAAUUAUACUAUAGCGUGGUUUUCACAUUUCUGUUGAUUGUUUUCUGACAUUAUAAUGAUAUUUUCUACUCACUAUUUGACGUGGACACAAUACUUGAUUCAUAAGGACUUUGCUUUAUCUUCGUUUCCUACAAACCACAUAAAUUCCACAAUUGUAUUAUAUAAAUAUAAACACUAUUUCACUUUUUUUGUUCUGAAUGAGCUGUUUGUCGAUAUAAAAUCCUAUGGCAAUAAAUUCGCAAUAAACUGCUUUGAACUGU